CAAGCUUUUGAACGGUAUAUAAAAACAUGGGAAAUUUACUUCAAGAAUUUAUUUUGUUUUUAUUUUAUUGUAAUGCGUUUCAGAGAUACUUUUAAACAUGGCUUUAAAGUAUUUGAGUGGAUUUGGUAACGAAUUCUCCUCAGAAGAUCCCAGAUGUCCAAAUUCAUUGCCAAAAGAUCAGAACAAUCCCCAAAAAUGCCCUUACAAUCUCUACGCAGAACAACUUUCAGGGAGUGCUUUCACAGCGCCUAGAACUCAAAAUUUACGUACAUGGCUGUAUAGAAUCCUACCAUCAGUUGGGCAUCAACCAUUUAAAAAGUUUCACGGGUCCAAUCUAACUCACGAUUGGUCAGAGCAGGAACCAGAUCCAAAUCAAAUGAGAUGGAAGCCUUUUGAUGUGCCCAAGCCAGUGGACCAAGUGGAUUUUGUUCAAGGCUUGAGCACAAUAUGUGGUGCUGGUGAUCCCAAACUAAAAAACGGCUUGGCCGUUCAUGUUUACAGUUGUAAUGCUUCAAUGAAGAACAGAGCAUUCUAUAAUGCUGAUGGCGACUUUCUAAUAGUACCACAACUGGAGGCCCUUGUUAUAAUAACAGAACUUGGAAAAAUUGAAGUGGCACCCAACGAAAUAUGUGUGAUUCCCCAAGGAAUUAAAUUUUCAGUUGAUGUUUCCAAGCCAUCCAGAGGCUACAUUUUGGAAGUUUUUGGAAGACAUUUUACUUUGCCAGACUUGGGACCGAUUGGAGCCAACGGUUUAGCUGAUCCCAGGCAUUUUCUGACCCCAGUAGCUUGGUAUGAAUUAAGAGAGGAUAUUUCUUACGAAAUAGUAAAUAAAUAUCAAGGAAAGUUGUUUGUCUGCACUCAGAAUCACAGUCCUUUUGAUGUGGUUGCUUGGCAUGGAAAUUACGUACCUUACAAGUACGACCUAAGUAAAUUUAUGGUGAUAAAUUCAGUGUCGUUUGAUCACUGUGAUCCUUCGAUUUUCACUGUGCUGACUUGUCAAUCAGAAAAACCCGGAACUGCCAUAGCUGAUUUCGUUAUAUUUCCACCAAGAUGGUCAGUACAAGAACACACGUUUAGACCACCAUAUUAUCACAGGAACUGUAUGUCUGAGUUUAUGGGACUAAUCACUGGAGAAUAUGAGGCAAAGAAGGGACAUUUUUCACCUGGAGGGGCUACUUUACAUAGUAUAAUGACUCCCCAUGGACCUGACAAAAAUUGUUUUGAUUUUGCAUCUAAAGAAGAACUGAAACCAUAUAAAAUUGCUGUAGGAACUCAGGCUUUUAUGUUUGAAAGUUGUUUGGGAUUGGCUGUUACAAAAUGGGGUGCCGAGACAUCUGAAAAACUUGAUCCAGACUACUAUAAAUGCUGGCAAGGUCUCAAAAAUAAUUUUACAGGACCUGUUUGACGUUAAAAACUUCAAAUUUUACCUAGACUGAAGUACAAACUAUUAUUUUGUUGGCUUUAAAUUAAAUUUAACUUAUAUAAUAUGUAUAUUUUAUAUUAAAAUAAAUA